CACAAAGGAUAUACACACGUAUCUUACGCUACAGACACAGAAUGGAGGGAAAGAAGCAGUUCCACGGGAACAAGCGGCCGCAAAACACCCCACUAUGGGACAGCACGGUAAAGACCUCGUAUAAGAACGCAUUAGGCUUAUCCCGAGUUAAAAGCUCCUCUGAUAAGCUAGCUGUCAUGCCAUUGAAUGAAAUGGAGCGAUGGCUAGCAGUCAAGAAACUCAGACAGUCUGUGCGACAGGCAUGUGGUGUACCCGCACUCUUAGCUUACGAGCGAUGGUGUGCACGGUCGAGCUUACCUGCUGCCUUCAUUAAAGAUGAUGAUGACGACGAUGGCGAAUCAGGGGCAAAGGAAGAUGUUGGAAGCGGUGCUAUGGCGACGGUUGUUUCGUAUCUAGUUCCCAAUAGUGACCCAGAAAAGGGGUUACAGAAGGACUUGAUGCGUUUAGGGGGUCUGUCGGAAGAGGAUGCACAGGAGGCGGCUGCGAAGUGUGUUGCGUUGGGUGUGCGAUUGAAUGCAAAGUUAAACGAUACUACUGUAGAGGGUAGUGGAAAGGGUAGCGAGACUGCGGUACAAGGAGAUGAUGAUAUGGAGAAUGAGGGUGUGAUUACGGAUGCGGCGACGAGUACGGAUACGAAUGGCAGCGAUGUGGUUGCGAACAAGGAUACUGAGCCGAAUAACACUCCGGCCAAGAAGAAGAAAGCUGACGUAAAGAACAAGCUACGAAGUAUAGGUGUGCGUGUCGAAGGAGAUGAUGAUGAUACUCAUAGCACACACCAAGCACAAGUAGAGGAGAGAGGGGCACUGCUGGCGUAUUCUCUGCGAACGAAGAAGAAGCCGUUCUUCAGCUUAUCGCGACCGCAUGCAGCCAAGCUACGGUCGCUGUACGCACGCACACGCGGGGGCAAGUGGGUAGACAAAGAAGGUAGCGAUAACGAUAGGUUUGUAGACGCGGUGUUCUGUGUACUCGCUCGAUACGAUGCCCUGGGCGGCGCUGGUUAUCAGGCAGCGUUGAACGAAGCCUCUUUUGACGUGCUCAAGGAUAAGAUGAGGGUGGAUUGUGAGUGUUUCGCCUCACCAUUGAACUGUCGCUAUGGACAGUUUUGUUCGGCUUUCCCAGAUACCGAUUCGCCGUUUGGUAGUCUGGGCAGUUUCUUUGACUUUUAUCCGAGCAAAGGUAGUUUCGAGAUGAAUCCACCUUUCGUCCCCGAGGUUUUGUGCGCAGCGGCAGAGCACGCUAACGCACUCCUAUCGUUGACCAAGGAGCCCCUCUCCUUUGUCGUGGUUGUGCCGGCGUGGAAGGAGGUGCGUAUGUGGCAAGUGCUUUCCAACAGUGCGUACAACAAGCACGAGCCCCUUAUUCUGACGGCCAGUAACCAUGGUUACUGCGAUGGACAGCAGCACCAACGGCGACCGUCGGAGAGGUAUCGGGUGAGUUCGUAUGACACGGCCGUGUUUUUUCUGCAGAACGAUGCAGGAGCCAAGAAAUGGCCUGUCUCUGAGGCUAUCAGGAAUGAGUUGGUCGAGAGUAUGCACAAGGCUGUGGGUUCGGCGAAGACUGUACAGGAGUUAGAGGGUAGGUAUCGGCCUAAUAAGGAAGGUGACGACCCAAAUAUGGAAGGCGGGGAUGCGGGGGAUGGUUCGAGAAAGAGAAAGGGUGGCAGAGUCUUCUUACUGCAGAAGAAACGUAAGGCAAACGAAGACCAAUAGGAGAUGAUUCAGCAGUUUACUUCUGAUUGCUGGUUGCAGUGUCUAGCCAAUGGGUAUGGCAUGGAUAGGGCGUAUCAAACAGAAUCCGAAAGUACCAAGAUGUACAAAAUAAAUAAUUAGUAUGAAGUGUA